AUGACUCUCCUUUCAAGGCGAGUAACAGGCCGGGUCUGGACCUUGGCCGACAGUUACAGCUUUGCCCUCCUUCCUCAAGCACGAUGCUACAGUACCGAAAGCAGCACCGAACCUGCGUCGGGCCAGCCGAUAGCUAGGAAGCCGCCAUUGUUCCGCAACUACUUCGUUACCCACCUCCCCUCAUCCUCACUCCAUCCGGACCCCCGUGGUCCGACCUCGUCAUUUCACAAGCUCCCUCGCUCAGCUUCCGUGCCUCACACCGGAGAUACGACACACCCGCCAGCUUCGCUCCAAGCAUUAAUAGAUCGCGAAACAACCGUCGUCCGGAUUCCAUUGCGCAACGCAAAGCACCAUUUCGGCGCAGUGACCGCCCGUGGAACCCGCCCUUCCAAUGAAGACACGUACCAAGCUGGCGUCAUCGAUGUCCCCGCUUUUGCGAAGCGACCCCCGGCUUCGCUAACGAUCAGCCGACGCAAUAAAGGGGAUUCUCCGCCCAAACCUCGCGAGUCUCGUGGCGCGCAAACAGCUAGUGGAGAUCCGCAAGUCUUCUAUUUCGGAGUCUUUGAUGGGCACGGUGGAACGGAAUGCAGUUCAUUCUUGAGGGACUACCUCCACGAGUAUAUUCAGGAUGCGGCGUUCGAUAUCGAGCUUCGGUCUAGCCUACGACCAGGUGCUGAAGUGCCGCCCACCACCAGCGAAUUGCCUGUGAUGCAAGAGGGCGACCGACGCAGAAUUGGAGACCUCGAGAAAAGCCUUGUCCAGAAAUGGAGACGACUAGUUGGUGGGUAUUUCAAGAGAUUCAAGCCCCCACAUUUUGCCUAUGAUGGCACCGAAUCCAGCGACCCAAGCAUUGCAAACCACAUCUCCAUCGAGGAAGUCAUGGAAUACGCCUUCCUGCGCGCGGAUAUGGACUUUGUCGAGGCACAAGCAUCCAAACGUGACGAUGAUCUCGUUCAGGCCGAAAGGCCUUUGAACGAGGACGAAAUCCUGCAUAGGCCUAGCAUGACCCGGUCGCCCCAGAUUGGUGGGCGCGCCCGUUUCAAGGGCGGCAGCACAGGAACUGUCGCCAUGAUCUCGACGCCAACCCCUACUCCCUUCUGGCAUCCCAUCGCUCCAUCUAGUCUCCUAGUUGCCCACGUUGGCGAUACCCGGUUACUCCUUUGCUCAACUGAAACAGGCGAAGCCAUCCCCAUUACAUCGAAUCACCACCCGUCCUCGCCAAUUGAGGCCACCCGACUGCGACGGUACGCCGCAACCUUCGUCACAGACUCCUUCGGCGAAGAGCGCAUGAGCGGGCUAGCAAAUACACGCUCCUUCGGCGACGUCCAAUCCAAGCGCAUCGGAGUCUCUGCCGAGCCCGAACUCAGGCGCAUCGAGCUUGGGCCCGCCGAGUUCUCCUUCCUGGUCAUGGUAUCCGAUGGUAUCAGUGGUACGUUGCUCGAUCAGGAGAUCGUUGAUAUCGUCAAGGAAUCCAAGACUCCGGAACAAGGUGCGCGCGAUGUGGUCAAUUUCUCGACCGAGGUCACCAACGAGGGUGACAAUGCUACUUGCCUUGUUCUUCGGCUUGGUGGCUGGGAGCGUCGUCAAGAGGGCGGCGUCGGUAGCUUGGGGACUAAAGAGUCUCGCGAGUGGCGUCGACAGGAUGCCACUGAUCCGCGCAGGUCACGGACGUGA